AUGGACUAUCAAUGCGCUCUCAUAAAUUGGAAUGUGCCUGUCAGUCAGGCGCCGGAUCUGGACACAGGAAUGUGGGCUGUUGAACCUGAGAGACAGCAGGGGACUCCAACAUUCUCCAUUAUCCACUUGAAUGCUGUAGCCUGGGCCACACAAUUACUACCUGUAUAUGGGAGGAAUCUGAUGCCCAAACACUUUCACUACACAGACUCUUUAAAGGCAUUUAAUCUUUAUUACAUCAAUAAGUAUGUGGACCAUUGUAUGCACAAAUUCUUAUCUAGUAUUAUAGAAUAA